AUCGUUUGUUUAACCAUAACAAUCGUAAUUUUUUAUGUGUAAUUUGAAUUAUUUUCAAGUUUAUUCUUCUCUCAAUCAUGAAUUGUUUGCGAAGUAAAGUCUUUCUAAAUAUUGGCCUUAUGAUCAAGCCUACUAGAUUUUCAACAAGUGUCAAUGAGAAACUCGAAGGCUGUUUAAGUGAUGUCACCGUCCUCGACUUGACCAGAAUUCUGGCCGGACCUUUUUGUACAAUGUUACUUUCGGAUUUAGGUGCUAAAGUAAUUAAAGUUGAAAAACCAGGUAAAGGUGACGAAACCCGAGGUUGGGGUCCACCUUUUGUUAAUGGAGAUUCUACUUAUUAUUUGUCCAUCAAUCGCAAUAAAAAGAGUAUCGCGAUUGACUUUAAAAGAUCAGAGGGUUUGAAGAUAUUGGAAAAGUUGGUCGCCUCAAGUGACAUUUUCAUCGAGAAUUAUAUUCCUGGUAAAUUGAAUUCCAUGGGACUUGGUUACGAUGAUUUGAAUAAAAUUAAUCCGAAAAUAAUUUACUGUUCAAUCAGUGGUUUUGGUCCUACAGGUCCAUAUGCUAAACGAGCUGGUUUCGAUGUGAUCGCCGCUUCAAUGGGUGGACUUUUAGCCAUAACGGGACCCGAAGGUGGUGAACCUUGUAAAGUUGGUGUCGCCAUGUCCGAUCUAAGCACUGGCCUUUAUGCUCAUGGUGCUAUUCUUGCCGCUCUUCACCAAAGAUCAAUCACUGGUCUUGGAAUGAAAAUCGAUUGUAAUUUACUGUCAACCACAGUCUCAAUUCUUGCCAAUCUCGGAGUGGGCUACCUUAAUUCGGAUAAUUCUCGAAGAGGAACUGCCCAUGAAACUGUUGUACCUUACCAAUCUUACGAAUGUGCCGAUGGUAAACAUAUCACUCUUUGCGCUGGUUCCGAUAAAAUGUUUCAUUCCAUUUGCCGUGUGAUCUUUUCUCCCGCUGAAGCUGAAAAAAUUAUCAAUGAUCCAAAGUACACUGAUAAUGCAAAUCGUAAUGCUAAUCGUUUGGAGCUUAACAAACUAAUCACAAAAGGUUUAAGUGCUAAACCAAUGCAAGAAUGGUUGAAACACUUUGAAGGUUCAGGAAUCUCUUAUGGGCCAGUUAAUGAACUAGACGAUGUCUUCGAGGAUCCUCAAGUGAUCCACAAUCAAUCAGUAAUUUCAGUGGACCACAACAAAGGAGGAAAGAUCAAAUUACUUGGUCCAGCGGUCAAAUAUCAACCAUUAGCGUCCAAUUUGUCAGCCUUUCGAAGCGAAAUGAAAUCGCCACCCGAUGUUGGUGAGCACGAUGAAGUGCUACAACAAUUGGGCUACAACAAUGAGACCAUUGAACAAUUAAAGGAGAAAAUUAUCCAAUGUUAAUCUUAAACGUGAUGAACAUGAAAAUUGAACGCAAAGUAAUUUUAAAUUGUAAAUUUUAUUUCAAAUGUAAACUAGAAAACUAAUAUGACCAAUCCAGAAAAAGUGAUUCUGUUAUUUUUUAAUUUAAUUCUAAUGAUAUUUUUAUUAUCAAUUGCGAAUUAUUU